UUUCCCGGGUAAGCUUAAGCAAACUGAAAUAGUGGUAAUCGGACCACUCCCCAUUAACUCACUCGAGUCCGCGAGCGGGACGAUCUUACCUGGCGAUAUGCCUUGCUCAUGGCACUCCCUGGCGAAGAGAGCCUAGCUGACCAUGACAUGAUAUCUACCCCCCUCAGUCUCCGCGCUCCCCGAUGGAGCUCGAUCCACGCCUGCAUGCAGAUGGCACUGACGGCGAACGGACUGGCGAACGCGCAGAAACGCGCGCGCCUUACCUCGCAGCCCCUGCGUCCAGACACAGCAACUCGGCCGUCGCCGCCUCCGCCCCUCUCUCCAGAGAGUAUCCCGAUCCCACCCCGCAUUUGCCCCCAACCGACCGGCUGCAUUCCGGGCUGGCAGGCUCUCGAGCGCCGGGCCCCUCCUAUCCGAGCCCCCAGGUGGCCCAACCGGGCUAUCAGCGCCGGUCGGAGUCGAUCCCCGGCAACGACCCGUUCCCUACCCCCUCCAUCGACCCGAAUGACCCCUACGCGGAGCUGAGACGGCCGCGCGCCUGCGAAGCGUGCAGGCAGUUGAAAGUGCGAUGCGAACCAGACAUCAGCCAGCCCAAUGGCAGUUGCAAACGAUGCGCGAAAGCCGGGAGGACCUGUAUCGUGACCGUUCCGACGCGCAAACGGCAGAAGAAGACGGAUAACCGCGUCGCGGAGCUCGAGAGGAAGAUCGACGCGCUCACGGCGAGUCUCCAGGCAUCGCAUGAUCGCGAUACCGUGCUGCAGCCUGCUCAGCAGCAUAUGCAUCCGCCGCGCGAGGAACCUGCCGCCAGGCAUUGGCUGGCCCCCACCCAUCAUACCCCAUCCCAUGAGCCCCCGCCUCUCGGCUCGCCGGCGAGCAUGAUCAGCACGAAACGCUGUCACAGCGGGGAGGCCAAAGAAGCUACGCCUGCGACGUCUCGGGUUUCUAGUCCCGGGGAAGAACAGUCGAUAUACAAUAAAGCAGUCCGGCAGUGGCGUGCUUUAGGGUAUCCGUCGGACUCUACGGCGAAGGAAGGGGUUAAUGAGGUUGCGGAUAUUGUAGAUCGGGGCCUGGUGAGUGCGGAUAUCGCUGCGGAAGCAUUCUCGCGAUUCAAUGAAGAGAUGGCACUGCAGAUCCCCAUGGUGGUCUUUCCUAGUGGGACGAAGAUGGAGGACGUACGACGGAAGAAGCCAGUGCUGUUUCAUGCGAUCAUCGCCGUGGCCAUAGGCACGAUCCAGCCCCAGACCCAGAUCCCUCUGAUCAACGAUUUCUACAAAGUGAUUGCGGAACGGAUCGUUAUCAAGGGAGAAAAAUCCCUGGAGCUAGUCCAGGCGCUGUUGGUCUGCUGCAACUGGUACACGCCUCCGGAUAAUUUUGAAGAGCUGAAAUUCUACCAAUUGACACAUAUGGCCGUGACUUUAGCUAUGGAUGUGGGCUUGUAUCGGAAGUCAAUGCCGAGGGGCAAGCAAUUAACCUUGAUCAAAGAUAUUAUAGCGAAGAAGUCGACCGAGGUCCUCGACCCGGACUCUCCGGAGACAAGGAGGACCUGGCUGUCGUGCUAUUUCGUUGCGGUUCAGGUUGCCGUGUCUCUCCGAAGGGUCAAUCUGGUGCGAUGGCUUCCAUACAUGGAUGAAUGCGUUGAGAUCCUGGAGAAGUCUCCGGAUGCUUUGCCGUCCGACAAGGCAAUGGUUCGAUGGGCCAAGCUGGCGCAAAUCAUCGAAGAGAUCUAUACUCAAUUCUCGAGCGAUGAAAUCCCUUCUGUCGUGUCCUUCUCGGACCCGAAAUCUUUGUACACGCUCAAAGUGCUCGAAAAGCAGCUGGAGCAGUGGAAGAGGGAAACACUACCUGAGCAUUAUUCACCUAUCAUCCAGCAAGCAUACUCUAUCGUCAACCUCUACCUACACGAAAAUGCCAUGCAUGUGGACUAUGGCAAGGACGAGGCGCGGACAAACAGAGAUGAUGUUCCUGGCCCUACCCGCGCAACACACAUCAGCGCCCUCAGCUCCUGCUUGACUUCCAUCCAUGAAGCCCUCGAUACCAUCUGUGCGAUUGACGCCGAGAAGCUAGUGUCGGCGCCCACUGUUUCUCUAGCCCGCACGUCUUUCGCCGUGGUCGCUUUGAUCAAACUCUACGCCAUGGUCUUCGCGCCCGAAACACGUUUGGGCCAAGUGAUGGACGCCAGCAGCCUCAAGAUGGAGUACUAUCUCGACAAAGUCAUUCGUCAUUACGCAGUUGCCGGGGAACUCCCUGGCGGACGGACUCCGGCUAAGUUCGGAGUUGUGCUCUCCAUGUUACGCAACUGGUUCAUGAAACGCAAAGACCAGGGUCCGGUACUGAAGGAAGCGCUCUCGGUCUCAGUGUGCCGGGUUUCGUCGGAGAGUCAGAGCCAUACCGACGAGAGGAGUCAAAACCCCAGCGGCGCCGGCCAAACCCCCCUGCACCUCCUCAGCGAAGUCGCCAUGGGCAGCAGCUCGCAAAACCGAUCCGGUGCCGGACCCUCAUCAUCAUCAGCCGCCGGCGGCGACUCAUCGAUCCCGUACCCCACGGGGCCAGGCUUCACGAACACCACCAACCACCCAUCCGCACCCUCCUCCUCAGACCUCACCUCACACUCCCUGGGCCCCAGCCCAGGCCCCCUCCCAACCGUCCCAAACACAACUUCCACCGACUCGACCACCGAACCAUGGGCCCCCUACCCGGCCCCAGCCUCCCGCGACUACUUCCCCGUCUUCAGCUCCGGCAUGUCCGACCUACAAGGCUACGCCGACCCCACCGCCACCGCGAACAACGGGGGCAUGAUGAUGCCGCAGGGGUUUUUCCUGCCUGAGCUCGGCGUCCAGAUGGGCUUCGACCCGGAGAACCUUCUUGCCCUGCGCAAUAUGAUCGGCGAUGGGUUUUUAAAUCUGCCGCUUCAAGCUGAUGAGGGGAUGGGGUUUUACUAG